CCGAAGGGCGGAAAUUCCCGCCCCCUCGGACUUGAGGGGUAGUGAUAGACGUACCCCGGGGCGUCGCCAUGGCAACAGAGUUGAAUGCCAGCCGCAGCUCGAGGGGGCGGGACAGGCAAGCUUGAUAGUUCCGCCCCCGGCUUGCUGGACGGCGGGCAAGGAUUUGAAACCGUUCGGCUGUGGCGGCGGGGCGUCGGCGGCCGAGUGGACGGCUUGCUUGUUGGGGCGCCAGAUAGGAGUCUGGAAAUGGGAAGUGAAGAAGAAAAAUGGGAGAAGCUAGAUGCAGAAUUUGAUCACUUCGUGGUAGAUAUGAAGCCCUUUGUUCUAAAAUUACCCCACAGGUCAGAACGGCAGAGGUGUGCUCUUUGGAUCAGAAAGCUGUGUGAGCCCUCAGGAACAGGAGCAGGACUCAUGGGCAGGAAGAAUCGAAACCUGUAUGCAAAGCUGCUACUGCAUAUGCUUAGGCGCGGGGUCCUUGAGGGCCCUUUCACACACCGCCCUGAGCCAGGGACACUGAAAGUCUUACCAUCAUACAUGUCCAUCUAUUUUGAUGAACCAAAUUCAGCACAAUCAAAAGAUUCAAGCCCGGAGAAGCUGCCUGACUGGGUGAUGGGUGAGCUGGAGCCGGGCGAGCGGAGAUUGAAUGACUCAUGGCAGCUUUCUUCUGGAGAAGAGAACACACUGCUGCUGUCGGCAAGUGAUGCCCACAGAGAACAGUACACUGGAAAGCUCCGAAUGAGGUCCCAUUCUGUGAGUCCAACUGAUAGAGAAGACAGACAACACAUUACUUCAAAGAUCUGUGAAGUUCAUCCAGAAAAGUCUCCUAUUUCUUUGGAUGACAGUGACAUUGAAGUUCGCUUGAACAGUUGGAAUCUUGGGAUUGAAAAUCCCCGGUACCUGAGACAGAAGCCUCUUCCAGUUUCUCUGAUGACUCCAAAGGUCAGCCUGAGGAACUCUAGCAAUCUUCAUGAUGAUCAUUUUCUCUCUCGAAUGCACGAGAAAGAGUUGGACAUGAAGACAAAAAUGAUGGAAGCGAAGUUCUCUGAAGAGAAACUUAAGCUGCAGAAGAAACAUGAUGCCGAGGUGCAGAAGAUUUUAGAAAGAAAGAAUAAUGAAUUAGAAGAGUUGAAAAUCUUAUACAAAAAGAAACAAACUGAAACCGAGGAGACUGUGCGAAAGCUUGAGAAGAAAGUUCAGAUCCUUAUACGUGACUGUCAAGUUAUCAGAGAAACUAAAGAGAAUCAGAUAACCGAGCUGAAGAAGAUAUGUGAGCAGAGCACAGAAUCUCUGAAUAAUGACUGGGAAAAAAAGCUUCACAGUGCUGUAGCGGAAAUGGAAAAGGAAAAACUUGAGCUUCAGAAGCAGCACACGGAGACCAUUCAGGAAUUGCUGGAGGACACAAAUAUGCGCCUGAGCAAGAUGGAGGGGGACUACAUGGUGCAGACGCAGUCCACAAACCACAUGAUCAAAGACCUGGAGGGCCGCGUGCAGCAGCUGAUGGGAGAAGCCGAGAACAGCAAUCUACAGAGACAGAAACUGACCCAAGAAAAAUUGGAGCUGGAACGAUGCUACCAGAUAACAUGUAGUGAAUUACAGGAGUUAAAGACAAGGCAAAACUUACUACAUACAGAGAAAGAACAUCUUGUAAAUGACUAUGAGCAAAAUGUGAAAUUACUAAAAACCAAAUACGAUUCUGACAUAAACAUCAUACGACAAGAGCAUGCACUUUCCACUUCUAAGACAUCUGUUGUGAUUGAAGAGUUAGAACAGAACAUCCAUCAAUUAAAACAGCAGGUCCAGGAAUCGGAGCUUCAGAGGAAACAGCAAGUAAAAGAUCAAGAAGAUAAAUUUCACAUGGAGAAAAACCACUUAAAAUACAUCUACGAGGAAAAGGUUUAUGAAUUGAAGAGUGAACUUGAUAAAGAGAAAGAAGAUGCUCAGAGGAAGAUCCAUAAAUUUGAGGAAGCUUUGAGGGAGAAGGAGGAGCAGCUCAGCCGUGUGACUGAGGUUCAGAGGUUGCAAGCCCAGCAGGCAGACGCUGCCCUGGAGGAGUUUAAGCGGCAGGUGGAGGUGACCUCCGAGAAGGUCUACGGUGACAUGAAAGAGCAGAUAGUAGAGCUGAAGCUGGAGCAUGAACAGGAGAAGACGCACCUAUUACAGCAGCAUAACGCAGAGAAGGAUAGCCUAGUCCGAGACCAUGAACGGGAAGUUGAAAACCUGGAGAAUCAGCUUCGCGCUGCCAAUAUGGAGCACGAAAAUCAAAUUCAAGAGUCCAAGAAACGAGAUGCACAGGUUAUUGCUGACAUGGAGGCCCAGGUUCACAAGUUGAGGGAAGAGUUGAUCAAUGUGAACUCCCACCGGAAACAGCAGUUGGUAGAACUCGGUCUUCUUCGGGAAGAAGAAAAGCAGAGGGCUGCAAGGGACCAUGAGACUGCUGUCAAGAAGCUAAAGGCUGAGUCAGAGAGGGUGAAGAUGGAGCUGAAAAAGACGCAUGCGGCUGAGACUGAGAUGACUCUGGAGAAGGCCAACAGCAGGCUGAAGCAGAUCGAGAAAGAAUACACUCAGAAGCUUGCCAAAUCUUCCCAGAUCAUAGCAGAACUUCAGACAACCAUUUCCUCUCUGAAAGAGGAGAGCAGUCGGCAGCAGCUUGCUGCAGAAAGGCGGCUCCAGGAUGUUAUACAAAAGUUUGAAGAUGAGAAGCAGCAGCUGAUUAGAGAUAAUGACCAAGCAAUCAAGGCUUUACAAGAUGAGCUAGAAACCCGCUCUAAUCAGGUGCGAAGUGCAGAGAAAAAGUUACAGCACAAAGAACUGGAGGCACAGGAACAGAUGAUGUACAUCCGACAAGAAUAUGAAACAAAGUUCAAAGGCUUGAUGCCGGCAUCUCUAAGGCAGGAGCUCGAGGACACCAUAUCCUCCCUGAAGUCGCAGGUCAACUUUCUGCAAAAGAGAGCAUCUAUCCUUCAAGAAGAACUGACUACCUACCAGAGCAGAAGGUAUGAGCUGUGA